AUGGCUGAACCCGAGUUAAAACAACGGAGCAGCCGGGAGAGCCUCGCCAAGAACCAGGAGAGAACUGGAGCAGCAGAAGCCGGAGUCACAGACCCGGCAGAUCUCAUAGUGGAGCGCUCUCCCUCUCCCCAGUCUCCUCCUCGUCCCGACAGCCCUGGGGCCGUGGACUGUCCGAAAGGGGAGAAGAUCGAGCUCAAGCGCAGCAUCACUUUGUUCAAUGGGGUGGGAAUGAUAAUCGGCACCAUCAUCGGCUCGGGCAUCUUUGUCACUCCCACCGGUGUGGUGAAGGAGACGGGCUCAGCGGGUCUGUCGCUGGUCGUGUGGUCCGUUUGCGGGGUCAUCUCCACCAUGGGCGCGCUGUGCUACGCCGAGCUGGGCACCACGAUCGCCAAGUCCGGGGGAGACUACACGUACAUCCUGGAGGUGUACGGGGAGCUGGCCGCCUUCCUGAAGCUGUGGGUGGAGAUGCUAAUCAUCAGACCGUCCUCGCAGUACGUGGUGUCGCUGGUGUUCGCCACCUACCUCCUCAAACCGCUGUACCCCACCUGCGCCGUCCCGGACAGCGCUGCCAAGCUCAUCGCCUGCCUCUGUCUGACCUCUCUGACUUUUGUGAACUGCAUCAGCGUAAGAGCAGCCACUAAAGUGCAGGACCUCUUCACCGCCUCCAAACUGCUGGCCCUCAUCAUCAUCAUCCUCUUUGGGUUCAUACAGAUAUUCACAGGGGACGUCCCGUACCUCACUCCAGAGAAGUCCUUUGAAGGAAGUAACUGGGGAGUGGAUCACAUCGUGCUGGCUCUGUACAGCGGCCUGUUUGCCUUUGGAGGCUGGAAUUAUCUGAAUUAUGUGACGGAGGAGAUGAUCAAUCCAGAGAGAAACCUGCCUCUGUCCAUCAUCAUCUCCAUGCCCAUAGUGACCGUCGUGUACGUCCUGACCAACCUGGCCUAUUUCACCACCAUCUCCCCAGAAGUCAUGGUCGAGUCUGAGGCCGUCGCUGUGAGCUUUGGAGAGUACCAUCUGGGGGUCAUGGCCUGGCUCAUCCCGGUGUUUGUGGGACUGUCCUGUUUUGGAGCGGUCAAUGGCUCGCUCUUCACAUCUGCUCGCUUGUUCUACGCUGGAGCCAGAGAAGGCCAGCUCCCUGCUGCUCUGGGCCUGGUCCACACAGACCUCUUCACACCAGUGCCCUCCCUCAUCUUCACAUGCAUUCUGUCCAUGAUGUACACCAUCUCUCAGGACAUCUUCUCGGUCAUAAACCUCUUCAGCUUCUUCACGUGGCUGUGUGUGGGGGCCGCCAUCGCCGGAAUGCUGUGGCUGCGAUUCACCAAACCGGACAUCAGGCGGCCCAUCAAGAUUUACCUGUUCAUCCCGGUGACCUUCGUGCUGAGCUGUGUCUUCAUGAUCGUGGUGUCGUUCUGGGCGGCUCCCUUCGAGUGUCUGUUAGGCAGUGGGAUCAUCCUCACGGGGGUGCCGGCCUACCUGCUGGGGUACAAGUGGAAGAAGCCUCACAUGGUGCGCAAGAUGCUGGAAAUCUUCACCACGUUCUGUCAGAAGGUCUUCAUGGCGGUGCCUGAGGAGCAGUGA